AUGGGGGGUGGGCGGAGCGGCGGCGGCCUGGGGACCAGGGCGGGCCUGGACGCCUGCUCGGCCAUCCCCAUGUGGCUGGCCGAGGACGACCUGGGCUGCAUCAUCUGUCACGAGCUGCUGGCCCGGCCCGCCACGCUGCCCUGCGGCCACAGCUUCUCCUGCGACUGCCUGAUGGGUCUGUGGGGCGCGGGGCGCCACGGGUCCUGCCCCACCUACCGCGAGGGCGCCGAGCGGCCGCUGCAGCUGCGGAAGAACACGAUGCUGCAGGACCUGGAGGACAAGUACAGUCGGGAGGCGCGCUAGCUGGAGGGCCCGAACCCAGCGCCCGGGCCCCCGGGCCGCACCGCGCAGCUGCCGGUAGGAAGGCGGGACCAGAGACUGCCCUCUCUUUUAAAGGUUGUGGCGCAGAAGAGCAUCACAGACGUUGGCUGGGAGCUCGCAGAGCUGGUGGAACGGCUUAUAGAUAUUGUCAGGAGCCUUCAGAGUCAGAGACAUCUCCCAGAAUCUGAACCAGACAAUGAAAUGAGCAUCCUGGCUGUGGCUUUGUCAGAUGGGGUGGACCUUUCCUUGGCUUCUCCAAAACUAGUGACUUCCAACACACCUGAGGGGAAAAUGAGAGACAUUCUCCAUGACCUAGAAGAGAUCCAGGAAAAAUUACAAGAAAACUUCACGUGGAAAGAGGCCCUUGAAGAACAAAUGCAGGGAUUGAAAAACAGUUCACACCUGCCCCUUAGACAAGUGCUCUGGUCUCGCUUGCCUCUGCCUCCUGACUCGGCCACGGCCAGCUUUUCAUGUUCUGUUUUUUUUCCCCCGGGGGUCAUCAAUUCAACCUUUGACCUAGGGAGCCUCUCCUGUAGCCUGGAGGUGUCCAAGGACACUGUAUCUCACCGCCCACAGCCCUAUCCCUGGAGUCAUGAGAGGUUUGCCUCCUGCCAGGCCUGAUGUUCCCAGGCUCUCUCUUCUGAGCAGCAGUACUGGGAAGUGGACACUCAGUGUUGUAGCCACUGGGCAGUUGGGGUGGCUUCCCGGGGGAUGAGGCGUGACCAGACCCUGGGAAGGACCAGGAACUCCUGGGGUGUAGAGUGGAAAGGGACUAGCCAGCUCUCUGCAUGGCACAUGGUCAAGGAAACUGUCCUUGGCUCAAACAGACCUAGUGUGGUGGGCAUCUGGCUGGACCUUGAGGAGGGAAAGCUUGCCUUCUAUUCCAUGGCUGAUCAGGUGAAGCUCCUGUAUGAGUGCCCAGUCUCUGCUGCCUUUCCUCUGCACCCUGCCUUCUGGCUGUAUGGCUUAUUCCCUGGAAACUCUCUGACUAUGAGGCAAAUAAACGUAUAA